AUGGGUUCAAUCGCCGAUCCCGGCGAGUUGACUCAGCCGAGCUUCGACGAGUUCCAGAGACAAACCUCUCUCAUGACGAGCUGUACUCUUCUCUGGAAAGAACUCUCCGAUCACUUCACUUCUCUUGAACAAGACCUCCUGAAGAAAUCUGAAGCUCUCAAAGCAAAACUCAAAACCCUCGACACUCAAACCAAACAGUCACUCCAAGAACUUGAGAAACGCGAAACCACCAUGAACAGUUCAAUCGAAAUCGCGCUUGGAAAAGUCCAAGAGAACAAAGUACUCGCCAUCAAUUCCAGGAAUGACACCGUUACAGAGCCCGAAGUCGAUGAUUCUGAAGGUUUGCUACUGAAAUUGAGCUCUUUCUGUGUGAAAAUGAAUUCUCUAGGGUUUUGGAAAUUUGUGAUUGUACGGAAGAAGGAAUUGGAUGUAAUGAGGACGAAAAUACCGGUGGCUUUAGGGGUUUGUGUAGAUCCGGCGAGAUUUGUUUUGGAGGCUAUAUCGGAGGUGUUUCCGGUGGAUACAAGGGAGUUGAAGAGUGAUAGAGUGAAUGACUUGGGUUGGGCUUGUGUGUUGAUGUUGGAGUCGUUGAUUCCAGUGAUGGUGGAUCCAAUACUGGGGAGUGAGAGGAUGUUGGUGACGCCUAGAGUGAAGGAAAGGGCAAAGGAGAUUGCGGAGACAUGGAAGAAGAGCUUGGAGGAAAGGGGAGGGAUUGAGAAUGUGAAGACUCCGGAUGUUCAUACGUUUCUGCAACAUUUAGUGACUUUUGGGAUUGUUAAGAAAGAGGACGUGGAGUUGUAUAGGAAGCUUGUUGUUGGGUCGGCGUGGAGGAAGCAAAUGCCCAAGCUCGCUGUUUCGCUCGGUUUGGGUGAUAAAAUGUCUGAUAUGAUUGAAGAAUUAAUUAGCAGGGGACAGCAGGUUGAUGCUGUGCAUUUUACUUAUGAAGUUGGCCUUGUGGACAAGUUCCCCCCUGUUCCCCUUCUGAAAGCUUUUCUGAAAGAUGCCAAAAAGGCUGCAACGUCUAUUUUGGAGGAUCCCAACAAUUCCGGGAGAGCUGCGCACCUAGCUGCAAAGAAAGAGCAGUCAGCACUCCGCGCGGUCCUCAAGUGCAUCGAAGAGUAUAAAAUCGAGACUGAGUUCCCCCCAGAAAAUCUGAAAAAGCGCCUUGAACAGUUAGGAAGACAAAGGGUGAGAAGAAAAGGCCUGCUGCUGCAGUCCCUGCCAAUAAACGAACACGCCAGCAAUGGUGGGCCCAUGCCCCCAGCAAAGGCUGGCCGUUCGACAAAUGCUUAUGUUUCAUCUUUCCCAACAGGGCCCACAUUUGUCAGCAGGAGCCCACCAUCCAACCCCUAUGUUUACUCACCUGAAGCAGCCCCUCCUGCCAUUGCUGGACCAUAUCCAGGAGCACCAAUGAACUAUCCUGCAUACGGAGGAUAUGGAAAUGUUAUG